AAUCAACCAUCAUCUACAUCAUAUAGUUCAGAUAAAUGAGACGGCUAUUCAGCACAGCUGUGGGGGAAAGUAAUAAAAUAUACGUAUCCUCGAUAUUUCCAAUUAGAUAUGGGCGCUUUGAUCCCAGAUAUGCUUACUCACUAAUGAGGGAACAUUCAAUACUAGACUACCUACGUUCCAGAAUGAAUGAGUCUGGUGUUCAAGUAAAAUCCAUAGACUCUAGGUUGAGAGAAGGUGGUGCAUUUGUCACUGUAGAAGACAAUGCUAGCUUAUCUGCAAGAACACUACGUAAUAGAUUAAUUGAUAAUGGUAGUUUAAGGAAAGUUACAUUACUCAAUAGUGCCAUAUUUCCUGUCCUUGGAUGUCCAUUUAACGAAGAUAUGGAUAGAUAUCCCUCAUCUCAACUUAAAGUAGACUUCGAAGGUGAGGACGUAUCUCAAGAAGAUAUAUACGGGCUUUUCAGAGGUUAUGGACGUAUAGUUGAGAUAGAAUCCAUAAAAAAUGGUGCAAUAAUAACAUAUCAGGCAACAUCGGCUAGCACUGCAGCCAGAUCAUGUUUACAUGGUGUGAUGACGUCUGGGACACGCUUGAGAAUCAGUUACCAAGCCAGAGUUUCGAAACACUUCUACAAAGAUUGGAUCGUAUCUCAUCCUCGUAUAAUUGCACCACUCCUAGUAUUUCUACUUGGAGCAAUUUCUUACGUCAUUUUCGAUCCCGUUAGGGAAUACGCUAUCAAAAGUAAGAUAAUGCAGACAUUCAGUUUAGAUUCUUUCAAGAGAAAGCUUCUUAUGUUCGGGGAUGGUUCAAUCAAAAGUGGGAAUGAAAACAUUAUUGGCAGUGACAUACAGGAUCGUAAAGAAGCUUCAGAGUUGGCUUCUGUAUGGUUGAAUGAGUCUCCUUCGACAUUCAUCACUGUAACAGGUGCUCGUGGAUCUGGGAAAAGUUCCCUCUUGAAACACAUCACUCAUGAUCGUCAGGUGCUUCAGAUUGACUGUGCUACGAUAUGUAAAGCUGAAAAUGACACUCAGCUAGUCACUGCUUUAGCAAUGCAAACUGGUUAUUGGCCGAUUUUUGGAUUUUUAAGUAGUGUCUCAAACUUACUCGAUUUAGCGAGUGUGGGCUUGAUUGGUACCAAGGCAGGAUUCGCAACGCCAUUAGAAGAACAAUUGAAACAGAUACUAACACUCACAACCAAGGCGAUUGAGAAAGCUAGCAACUCCAAGUUCUCAACGUCCAAAUCUGAACAUGAUUAUCUUGUUAGUGGUCUGCGAAAACAAGCUGAGAAUGAAGUGAGGAGUAACACUUCUUCGUUCAAGCAUGAUGGACGGUUAGAUUGCCUUGCUGGUAACGGAGUUAUGAGCGAGUUAGGUGUGGGGCUCGAGAACGAUGAAAUUGAUGACAGAGUAUUUUCAUUAGCAUUAUCCAGGUUAGAAAAUAUAAGUAAUAAGGAUUACGACGAGGAAAAGGAGAAAGUUAAAAGUAUACCUGUCGUUUUUGUCAAAAAUUUCGACUACAAAGGUGCUGAUAAAGAUAUUUUAUUUGAAGUUAUUAGCUCUUGGGCUGCCAACCUGAUAACCUCAAAGACUGCGCACGUUAUUUUUGUAUCUGACAAUGUCAGUGUCAAUAAGCGACUUAACAAAGCAUUGCCUAACAAACCACUAAACUCGAUAAGUUUAUCUGAUGCAGAUAAAAAGAAUUCAUUGAAGUUUGUCACAAACAGACUAACAAACAUCAACCUCAACAAUGACGACAGAAAACUAAUAGAACUUAUAGGUGGACGCGUCGAAGACCUUGAGGAUCUUGUCCGUAAGGUACGCUCAGGAUUGAGCGUGCAUGAGGCUAUCAACCAGCUGGUUACCAUAUCAGCGAGCGAACUGCGUCAGAAUAUUCUAGUCAAGAAUGAGCAUGGAUGGUCUCCUGAAGAAGCCUGGCUGUUAAUCACGGAACUAUCUAAAGGCGAAAAGGUCAGCUAUGCGUCAACACUCAUCGAUUGGCCAUUUAAGGGUAAUGAAGCUGCUCUUCAAGCACUUGAACAACAUGAUUUGAUUGCUAUCACACACAAAAAUGGUAGACCUGCUGAUAUAGUACCUGGUAAACCAAUUUAUCGUACUGCAUUCAAGCAACUUGUGAAUGAUGCACCAUACAGAGCGUUACAGGAUGUUACAUCUAACAAGCUAAAGAGAGAAUACAAAGAGGGACAAAUUAGAAAAUGGGAAAAUGAGCUUCUUGAUCUCAAAAAUAUAGGUCUAAGUGAUUCAUCUUUCCUCUCAUCAUUCAAAUCACCUCAGGCAACUCAAUUAAGAGCAGAGUACCUCAUGAGACAAAUACAUAGCGCUCAACUGACAGUCAACAAACUUGAAAAGGAUUCAGACAAACUCAAAAAGCUUAUGUAAUAGUUUGAAGAUGAAUAAAUAGUUCA